UUCUGCUCGAGGAUCCAUGAUGCUAGUUGAUUGUCCUCGCCGAGGAACUAUGCACAUGUCCGAGCGAUGCCAAGCAGGGCGUUGGGGGGGAGAAGGGGAAGGAGGGACGCGGGCGGCAGGAUAGCCCAUACGAGCAGCAUCGCACCUCGCAGCAGUCCCACAUGUUCGCCAGUCGGCAGCGGGCGCGGCCUGCUGCGCUUACCCAAGAACAUUCGCAAUGGUUUGCACAGAUGGGGAUAUUGGGAACUUCGAUUCGUGACCAGGGUGAUGACAGUUCAUUGCGCAGAGCAAAACAAGAUUCGGCAAGCCGCGAACUGUUGAAGCUGCAACGCAGCCCAACGCGCAAUUGUCCGCGAAGUUGUUUCAAGCGGCCGAAAUGAACCAACAUCACGUUCGUUCCAAGCCGAAACACGCAUUCGGCAUUAGGAAGUGAAACAGGCGAGGUCGAACAGGUGGUCAUCACCAUCUGCGACCAUGGGCAAUGACCUGCUGAGGCAUGCAACACCAUGCUUUCCUGGGGGGGGGCGCUGGGGGGGACGCCGCUGUACCAGCACACCCCGCAGGUCGCCGUCGCGUGAGCGUCCUCGUCCCGUCGUCCACAUGAGUGGUGCUGGCCUCUGGCAGCAGUCAUGCCAGCGCUGCGGCCUUUCGGCCGAGCGAUCUGGCCAGAGCCUGGAAAACAGGGCCUCGCCGACGGCGGCCACGCGCCCGCCGGCAGCGGCAGCACCGCCGCUGCUCUCGGGCGAUCUGCCCACCGCGGCGGGAGCCAGCGCCCCUGGGCCGCUCCGAGGCGCGGGGCCGCGCGCCGCCUGCGCAUCGCGCCAAUCAGGUUGGAGGGCAGAGGGGUGGCAGCGAGGAGGAAGAGGAGGAGGAGAAAGAGGAGGAGGAGGAGGAGGAGGAGGAGGAGGAGGAACGACCCUGCCCGCAAGACCGAGCGCCCAAGCAGGGCGGCGCUGCUUCGCGAGGGGGGCGGGCACGGGCUGUGGACGCGCCCCUCCCAAGUCGGGGGCCUCCUGCCGGGGGUGGAGGGCGACUUGCUGAAAGCCCGGCAACCCCGGCCAAGUCCUCUCGACGGGGAAAAGAUAACCCUGAAUGCAAGCAUUGGUCGGGGAAACUCGCUUCGAAGGGAGUCACGCAGUGUCUCAAGAGCUGGUGUUGGCCCUGAGGAAGCUCAUUUCUGCGCACGGCGCUCGCAACGUCACCACAACUGAACUACUCGUGACGGCACAAGCAGGACGAGUGAUUAGUACUACCUCCGUGCAGAUCAAUGAUGAGCUGCGCUACAGAUGGCAGUCACUCGGGUGAAUAAGACCGACAGGUGCGCGGGGUGCAGCUAAUGCGCCAGAGCCUGCUUCGUUCAGGUGAAACUAGCUGGAUGAAUUCGCGCCCCACGUCUUCAGACUUUCGCCCAAGGCGUCCCCAGUCCUCCGUCUCAACCUCUACCAACCCACUGGAGACGCAAAGUGACAUAACAGUGCGCCAUCAAAUAAUCAGACCUUGCACUGCGCUUGCUACGCAUAAAAUGGAGAUACAUUGCCAGCUUGAACCCCAAACAGCAGGUCCCUUGUACUCCCAAUAUGUACCAGUCGUCGCGCAGUCUGCGGCGACGAGGCUAACACACAAGAAUGCUCGAGUGCGAGCACAGGAUGGAAGAAGAUCAGCGCUCGGAGCAGAACCCCUGGAGGGGAGACUCGCU